GACAAGCUGAGGACAUCGACUGGCUCUAGGUCCAUGCAGCAGCGGUCAGAGAAAGCGUCACAAAAACAUCCCAAGGAAAGCUGCAACAGACUCAGUGCCCAAAUAUUGGGCGGAUUGUCUUGCUUCGUUCUGCGCCAUGGAAGCCUGUUGACUCCAUUCUAAACAGGCAUCUGUCCCCCAGAAACCACCACGCAUUUUUGGAAAAGGUGGCAGAAGGCACCAAACUUGAUCGCCAUUUGCUUUGGCGGGUGACGUCAAUUUUUUAGGAAAAGGACACGUUAUUUUUGAGAAGGCCAAAAAAAAAAAAAAGUCACGAAAGAAAAGUGAAUCCAGGAUUUUGCUUUAAAAUACACAGAUUCCUUUAUUUUAUUUUAUUUCCUUCCCGGGAUUUUGGAAUGCUGAGCUCCGUCAAAAUGGAAUCGCAUGAUCUUUCUGAAUGGAAUUCAUACUAUAAUGAACCCACAGAGGUAUUUCCAACUGUGAGCACUAUGACAUCCACCUUGGGACCCAUGAACCCUAUUAACUCCUACGUGACACUAAACCCUCUCAGUUCUCCUGGAUCUAUGAACAUGACUUACCCAAACAGCGGCUUGAAUAGCCCUUCUCUCACUGGGCUGACCAACGCGACCAGUCCAAUGGGCCUGCCUUCAGUGUCCUCUCCCGUCAGUCCGGUAUUGACUCCCUUGGGGGCACAAGCCCCCUCACUCAAUUCUCUGUCACCAUACCAGAAUGUCAGUCAAUCUAUGGCUCCACUUGGCUAUUCAGCUUCCAGCAUCAACAGGCCCAAAGAGAUCAGUAAGUCCUACCGGCGUACACUGACCCAUGCCAAGCCACCCUACUCUUAUAUCUCUCUCAUCACCAUGGCAAUUCAGCAGGCCCCAAGCAAAAUGCUGACCCUCAACGAGAUCUACCAGUGGAUCAUGGACCUCUUCCCUUACUACCGUGAAAACCAGCAACGUUGGCAGAACUCCAUCCGCCACUCCCUCUCCUUCAACGACUGCUUCGUCAAGGUGGCGCGAUCCCCUGACAAACCUGGCAAAGGCUCCUACUGGGCCCUCCAUCCAAACUCGGGAAACAUGUUUGAGAAUGGCUGCUACCUGAGGCGCCAGAAGCGUUUCAAAAUUGAGGACAAGACCAAGAAGCCUAGCUCCAAAGCUUCCAGCACCCAGGAACAGACCUCCAAGAUUUCUGAAGGUCUUCAAGAAGGCCAGAGCCCCAACACAAGUUCAGAAGGGGCCGAGUCAGGUCAUUCAGACACCUCUCAUGGGUCUGAGGAGCAGAGGGGUUUGGUUCAACUAGAUUGCUCAGGAGCACGGGGCUCAUCCCCCAUAUCUGAGACCUCUCCAGCCCCCAUCUCUCAGUCCAUGAACAGCCACUACUUCUCCACAUCAAUUACCAACCUGGACCUUCCAAGUGAUCUCAAAAUGGACCCUCAGUUCAACUUCAACCACCCCUUUUCCAUCACCAACCUGAUGUCCACCGAGCAGAGCCACAAGAUUGACCUCAAAUCCUAUGAGCAGACAAUGGCAUUCAACGGUUACAAUUCCCCACAUUCAGUGGAAGGCAAACACACCUAUGAAUCACCCGCCUCGCUCAGUGAGACUGGCUCUUACUACCAGAGCCUGUACAGCCGCUCCCUGCUCAAUGCCUCGUAAGGCUGUUGUCCUGUGGUAAUGAAAGAAAGGAGAAUGCUAGAGAGAUCUCUGCCUCGUGCCACAAUUACCAACAAGACCAUCAGUGUGAUAUUCCCACUCAUUGCCAAGGACCAAAUGCACCACAGGUGGUGGAAAGAAGGAGGCAGCCAAAGGCCCGGUCUGUCAAGAUUCUGAUGAAACAAUAUGCUUUCCAGUCUUCAAGACCAUUAUUUCCACACAGUGACCAACAGCCUAUUGAAGAUCUUCCAUUCCUAUGAAUUCACUUACCUAUAAUGAUCAGCAGGAUUUUAGUCCAGGGGCAUACCCAUAAUGACCAGGGAGCAGGAAGGAAGAUCAAUUCUAAUCCUUGCUGCCAUUAACCAAUGGCCAGUUGGGUAAGGAUGGCCAUUGAUUUGUCUUUGCUACGGCAUCUUCCAGCAGAUGGGACUGUAGCUAGCAUGGGUUCUCCAAAUGGCGGACUGCAGUCUGAGUUCUACAGUUACAAAAGAUGCUCGAAAUCCCCAAGAGUGGAGAUAUCGAAGUAUACGGCAAAAGGGACAUAAUAAAGGAAAUUCCACAGUGUGGAUUGUGCGGGGGACCACUCCUGUCUAGGAAGUUGGACUUUCCGACGAUGUUACAGUGAAUAGUUGAAUUCUUGUUUUGGGAUUCUCAAACCCACCCAUUUAGGUCAGAAUUAUAAGUGGCAGGACUCCAUGGUUACACACACAAAGGGGUCUGGUUACACCAAAGACAAUUUAGGCCUCAGACUGAAGAUGAGCAGAGAGAAUAUAUUUCAGAUAUUUUUUUUAAGUGGCUUUAUAUUUAAAUAUUUGUGUUUUCAGUUGGGAAAAGGGGUAAGAAUUGAUUUAAUAUAUCAUACUUUUAGAGCAGAUUUAGAGGGUGUCUUUGUUGAAGUGGUGUUUUUUUUUUGUAUUAAUUAUAAUUAAAAACAAAAUCAUAUUCA